UCUGCUCUCCUCAUCUAGACCGGUACAUUCAUUUACAUUUACAUCUACAUCUACAUUUACAUAUACAUACACGUAUUAUACCCAAUUCUCAAUCAUUAGAUGAUACAUGCUAUCGACAAAUCAAUCUUCCAUUCAACAAAACGCUCAAGCCAAUAGUUCUCUAGAAAAAAUAGAAUUAACAAAAGUUACACCUUCUCUUAUCUAAACACAAGGAACACGAAAACACGAGAAAGGGAACGCCAAGAACCUCAGGACACUUUGCAUUCAACCAAACGAACUCAAUUCUUGGGUCGCCAUUCAAAAAUCGGAAAGUUCAAGUAGGUAGACGGUAGAUACGAGUUCCCCCGGUGGUAAAAGCCUCUUUUAAAUUUUAUUUUAUACUUUACGACUCUUUGUCCUCUUCGUCAAGCUGGCGUCCUCCGGUCUUUCUUCUUUGAAAUCCUCCCACCAACAUCAUCGAAAACGGUCAUCAAUACACAUAAAGACAGGAAUUGAGUCUGACGAACGAAUUUCAUCCCAUUCAUCCACCCGGGUGUUAUCACCUGUACCUGGAACUCCAAUUGGUUCAAUGUCAUUGUCGCGAAGUCCAUCUCCAAAACCUGGAGGAGGAUGGGCGAGUCCAGGUCUUUCAAGCCCUUAUGCAAACGUCAGUGGAAGUUCUAGUCCGAGUAAAAUGCAAAGAGGAGGUGGGAAUGGAAGUUCGGUGACUUGGGAAUCUGCCAGAGCAAAGAGUGAGGAAGUAAAUGGUUAUCCUUCAUUUUCGACCAAAAACAAUGGUUUUUUUAAUCGACACAUGAGAAAUAUCUCCAACAGUCUGCCGCAUUUUCACAUGGGAGAAAACACGAGUUAUGCAGAAAAAGAAAAACUUGGGCGCGGACGAUGGUUAGGAUCCUCGAAAUUGGCACGAAUAAGAAAUAGUCUCGCGAGAGUCAGUCGAAAAAUGAGGAUGCGAUUUAUGAUUGUUUUAGGGUUUGUAAUGAUGAUAGUUCUCUUCUACUCUACACGUAAGUCAAAUUUUUGGGCAGGAAGACACAAGCAAUUCUGACUUCAAGUAGCUUUACAUUACUGGUGGCGCCGAGCAGCACAUCUUGGAGGAGGUAAAAAGUUCGUUAUAAUACUGGCAGCAAAUCAAGGAGGUGGAGUUAUGGAGUGGAAAGGACCCAGGGAGUGGGCAAUCGAGCGAGAUAGUGUACGCAACAAACGAAAGUACGCAAACAAAUGGGGCUAUGAAUUGGAGAUCGUAGACAUGAGCACCAAGAAAAGAUAUGCCCACGAAUGGAGAGAGAGUUGGGAAAAGGUUGACACUAUCCGAAAUGCUCUGAGGAAAUACCCGCAAGCUGAAUGGUAAUUUCAAUUCUCAUCUGCAACGACUGAGGCUUGCAAGCUAACUGCACACAGGUUCUGGUGGCUCGACCUCAAUACUUUCAUAAUGGAACCAUCCUACUCUCUACAAUCCCACAUCUUUAACAGCUUAGCGGAAAAUACCUACCGCGAUAUCAACGAAUAUAACCCACUCCACAUAGCGCACCCUCUCCAAUCUCCCUACCUGGAUGCAAAAUCUCGCAGCACGGUCGGAGACGGCAAAGCGAGCUCCAUAAAUCUCAUAGUUCCCCAGGACUGUUCUGGUUUCAAUCUCGGUUCUUUCUUCGUUAAACGCAGCGCAUGGACCGAUCGUCUUCUAGAUGUAUGGUGGGAUCCUGUAGGUUAUGAACAAAAACACAUGGACUGGGAACACAAAGAACAAGAUGCGCUUGAAUUCUUGUAUAUCAAUCAACCUUGGAUUCGUCCACACACUGCAUUUAUCCCUCAGCGCAAGAUCAACAGUUUCCCACCCGGGGCAUGCUCAGAUAAUGGAAAUGAUACGCGCAUUCAUUAUGAUGAGCAUGAUCGGGAUUUUCUGGUAAACAUGGCGGGAUGUGAAUGGGGCCGGGACUGUUGGGGUGAGAUGUACAACUAUAGAGAAUUGAGUAAUUUCUUGAACAGGACUUGGUGGGAAAGGUUCAAGGAGGACUGGGUGAUCAAGGCAUGGCAAAAGAUUGCGCCAAAGAAGAAGUCAAAGGACUCGAAGGAAUCAAACGAAUCGAAGCAGUCAUGAUUGAACUUAUUAGACGGCAGGAUAAUCGGCGGAUGAAUGAAUAAAGUGGGGAUGAAAGGGAUAUCCCUAUCACGGUUACGAAAACGAAAGGACAAGUCAUCAUUUUCUCUGGAUAUACUACAUUGUCUUUACUUCAUGAGGAGAUGCAAAUCAUAACGUUAAUGAGUGUUUGUAACUCAACUACCGCUACCCACCUGUGUGUGGCUAGGAAAUUGGCGUCUGGUUAUCAUUUCUCUCUUAUAGAUUUUGCUGGGUUAUGGUUUUUUUACUUAUGUUUUUCUCUUUCUUUUCAACCGGACUUCAUCAUUGUCUAUCAAAAACGAUGCAAAAGUUCGAACAGCGAGGAGCGGUGCGAGAGCAAAGGUGAGCGUGAAAGCGAAAGCGAAAGCGAAAGCGAAAGGGGAAAGGGGGUUUCUAUGUAUAUGUCUAUAAUAGAAACGAGCGAAUACAUAUAUGAUCUUAGCUUUAUUGAUGGUGAUGGUGAUGGUGAAGAUAAAAGAUGAUUGAUAGAAUGACUU